UGAGCAAGACUUGAGGAGGCGGGUCCCUGGGUCCACAGCAGAAGCAUUGCUAGAGCAGCAGCAGGUACCUCACAGACCCACAGAGUCCUGUCCACCCACAAUGUGGCGCUAUCCUCUGGUCUGGCUUUCUCUUGCUGCUUGCACAGCUUGGGGGCACCCAUCCUCACCACCCGUGGUGAACACUGCUCAUGGCAAAGUCCUGGGGAAGUAUGUCAGCUUAGAAGGAUUCGCACAGCCUGUGGCCGUCUUCCUGGGAAUCCCCUUUGCCAAGCCUCCUCUUGGAUCCCUGAGGUUUGCUCCUCCACAGCCUGCAGAGCCCUGGAACUUUGUGAAGAAUGCCAUCUCCUACCCUCCUAUGUGCUCCCAAGAUGCAGUUGGAGGUCAGGUGCUCUCAGAGCUCUUCACCAACAGAAAGGAGAACAUCCCUCUCCAGUUUUCUGAAGACUGUCUCUACCUGAAUAUUUACACCCCUGCCGACUUGACAAAGAACAGCCGACUGCCUGUCAUGGUGUGGAUCCAUGGAGGUGGACUGGUAGUGGGUGGGGCAUCCACCUAUGAUGGACUGGCCCUCUCUGCCCAUGAAAAUGUGGUGGUGGUGACCAUUCAGUAUCGCCUUGGCAUUUGGGGAUUCUUCAGCACAGGAGAUGAGCACAGCCGGGGGAACUGGGGUCAUUUGGACCAGAUUGCUGCACUGCGCUGGGUGCAGGACAACAUUGCCAACUUUGGGGGCAACCCGGGUUCUGUGACCAUCUUUGGAGAGUCAGCAGGAGGAUUCAGUGUCUCUGCUCUUGUGUUGUCUCCUCUGGCCAAGAACCUCUUCCACAGGGCCAUUUCCGAGAGUGGUGUGUCCCUCACUGCUGCUCUGCUUACAAAAGAUGUCAAGCCCAUCGCUGAGCUGGUUGCUACUCUUUCUGGAUGUAAAACUACCACAUCAGCUGUUAUGGUUCAUUGCCUGCGCCAGAAGACAGAGGAAGAACUCAUGGAGACCUCACAAAAAAUGAAUCUUUUUAAACUGGACUUACUUGGAAACCCAAAAGAGGCCUAUCCCUUCUUGCCCACUGCCGUUGAUGGAGUGUUCCUGCCAAAGACUCCAGAAGAGAUCCUGGCUGAGAAGAGCUUCAACACUGUGCCCUACAUGGUGGGCAUCAACAAGCAGGAGUUUGGCUGGAUCAUUCCAAUGCUUAUGGGCUAUCCACUCUCCGAAGGCAAACUGGACCAGAAGACAGCCAAUUCUCUCUUGUGGAAGUCCUACCCAAUGCUUAAAAUCUCUGAGAACAUGAUUCCAGUGGCCACUGAGAAGUAUUUGGGAGGGACAGAUGACCCUGCCAAAAAGAAAGACCUGUUCCUGGACUUGAUUGCAGAUGUGAUCUUUGGCGUCCCAUCGGUGAUGGUGUCUCGUGGCCACAGAGAUGCCGGGGCUCGCACCUACAUGUAUGAAUUUGAGUAUCGCCCAAGCUUUGUAUCAAACAUGAGACCCAAGGCAGUGAUAGGAGAUCACGGCGAUGAAAUCUUCUCAGUAUUUGGAUCUCCGUUCUUAAAAGAUGGCGCUUCAGAAGAGGAGAUCAAUCUCAGCAAGAUGGUGAUGAAAUUCUGGGCCAACUUUGCUCGAAAUGGGAACCCUAAUGGGGGAGGGCUGCCCCAUUGGCCAGAGUACGACCAGAAGGAAGGGUACAUGAAGAUUGGUGCCUCAACCCAGGCAGCCCAGAAGCUGAAAGACAAGGAAGUAGUUUUUUGGACUGAACUCAGGGCCAAGGAGGCAGCAGAGAGGACAACACACAGAGAGCAUGUUGAGCUCUGAUCAGGAGGCUCAGCAGGUUGGAGAGCCUGGAGCCAAGCCAAAGUAAUGCCAUAGAAGAUUCUGUAGAGAAACAAGGCUUCUUAUCUUUGAGACUACACAAUUGUAUGGUAUUUUGUACAAACACACUAAAAAGGAUCCUUGUUGCUUCAACGUGUAAAAAUAAAACAUUGUUUUGGAAAUCAAAA